CACAAACAAGUAGAACACGGCUUGUUAAGAAAGAGGUCAGCCAACUUUUUAUCAGACUUCCAACACACCGCAAUCUCCUCUGAUUCCCAUCUUGGGGGUCUCUUCGAAGGGACUCUUCCUUCUUCUUUAUUCUGCUACUCAAUUCCAUAUGUAUAUCUGUACCAGAUUUCUGUUCGAAUCGUGCAAGAUUUCAACAUCUCCCACCUGUUCGAUCUUUUGUCUCAAUGAUUUUAAAGUGUAGAUUUUUGUGAUACGUGUAUCCAUUUUGGAUGCGAUAGAAUUUCUUGUGUUGAUCUUGAAUUGACUAUUUGAUUUUGUAGUUCUUUGCCUCAUUCAAAUGUCCCUGAUGCGCUUAUUCAAGAGUAUCCUGCUACUAUGAAGAGUUCCAAAUUCAAUCACCACUCGAUUUCAGCCCUUCCAGAACAAAACCAUGUAAAUGGAUACAAAAUUGAUCAUGGCCAUGUGUUUAACGAUCCUUCCGUUAUUUCAAACGGAGCAAACCCAGUUGAUGAAACUCCCUCGGAUGGAAAUAUUUCUGAGGAUCCAGACUAUUCCGAUGCAGUUCUCAAGUACAUAAACGAAAUGCUUAUGGAAGAGGACGACUUGGAACAUACACCUUCCAUGUUCCAUGACUCCUUGGCCCUCUUAGCGGCUGAGAAAUCCUUCUAUGAUAUCCUUGGCGAGAAGUACCCACCUUCACCCAAUCAACACCCUACAUGUGCUCUCAAUCAGUAUUCUGAUGGCCCAAAUGCUGAUUUUACUGGGGCAUGCACCAGUCAAAGUAGUAACAGUUCUAGUGAUGUAAAUAACUUUGUUGAGUCCACUUGGAUACGUGAUCCAGUUUCAGAGGAGGCCGAGGAGAGUGGCAGGGACCAUUCACCCAGUGGAUCAAUGCGAAAGAAAAACCAUUAUAGAGAAAAUAGUGAUUAUACAGAAGAACAAAGGAGUAACAAACAUUUGGCGAGUUAUGUUGAGGAAUCUGAGCAAUCAGAGAUGUAUGAUAAGGUGUUGCUCUGUGAGCCUUUGUUUCACGGCUUGCACAUAGAGUCCAAUGUGUGUGAUACUGAUGAAGUCUCACAAUAUAGAACAAGGAAAAAAUUGCAGCAGAGUAAUGGAUCAAAUCGGGGGAGACUGCAUGGUAAGGAAGAAAGCAUCGGAAGGGAAGUGGUGGAUUUGAGAAGUCUCCUAACUCAAUGUGCACAAGCUGUGGCAAGCUAUGACAUUAAGACUGCUAAUGAGCUGCUGAAGCGGAUUAGGCAACAUUCUUCUCCUUACGGUGAUGGUACAGAAAGGUCGGCCCAUUACUUUGCUAAUGCUCUCGAGGCACGCUUGACUGGUACUGGAAGCACACUGUAUACAGCGUUCACAUCCAGCAGCAUAUCAUCUGCUGAUAUCUUAAAAGCUUAUUAUGUGUAUAUUUCAGCGUGCCCAUUCGCUAAUAUGUCAAGUAUCUUUAUAAACAAAUCUAUUUUGAAACUAGCCGAUGGAGCAACACGGCUUCAUAUAAUUGAUUUUGGCAUUCUAUAUGGCUUCCAGUGGCCCUCCCUUAUCCAGACUCUCUCUAACAGGCCCGGAGGUCCUCCAAAGCUUCGCAUCACAGGAAUAGAUUUUCCCCAAUCAGGUUUCCGACCAGCAGAGAAGGUUGAGGAGACAGGGCGGCGCCUGGCAAAUUACUGUAAGAGAUUCAGUGUCCCAUUUGAGUACAAUGACAUAGCAAUGAAAUGGGAUGCAAUUCAACUGGGGGAUCUCAAGAUUGACAGAGAUGAGUUACUGGUUGUUAAUAGUUUGUACCGGCUGGAGAAUGUGCCUGAUGAGACAGUCACAGAGAACAGUCCAAGGGACGCUGUUCUGAACUUGAUCAAGAAGAUUAAUCCUGAUAUGUUCAUUCAUGGAGUCAUUAAUGGCACCUACAAUACCCCUUUCUUCGGGACACGAUUCCGAGAGACACUCUUCCACUUUGCCGCUUAUUUUGAUAUGUUUGAGGCUACUGUACCACGUGCAGAUCUGGAUAGAAUGCAGUUUGAAAAAGAAGUCCUUGGAAGGGCUGUCGUGAACACCAUAGCUUGUGAGGGUGCAGAGAGGGUUGAAAGGCCAGAGACACACAAACAAUGGCAAGUUAGGAUUGUGAGGGCAAGGUUCAGGCAGCUCCCACUUGACCAAGAGAUCGUGAAUGGGAUCAGGGACAAGGUGAGGAGUCAUUACCACAAGGAUUUCAUUGUGGAUGAAGACGGAAACUGGAUGCUGCAGGGAUGGAGGGGUCGAGUCAUCCACGGUCUUUCCUGUUGGAAGCCUGUCCAGAACUGAUAAUAAUGCAGUGCUUUCUACAGCUUAAAGUUUGGUGAAUCAGGGUGUUCCACUGCUCAAAUAUUAUUGAAACCUAUGCAAGUGUAUUCUUCAUUUGACUUUUGUAAUUCUUUGCUGGUUUGUUGUACUAUUGUAAUUGGAUUAACUUGAUUCUGAUGAUAUAUAUGGAUGUUCUAGCUAGCAUUUUGUCCCUGCGUCACCGGGUAGUUGUUCCAUGUUUAUUUCAAAG